AGUAGAGAACGUCGAGAACGUAUAUCGGGUGACGAUUGAGUUGCACUUUCCCCCUUUGCGACACGACUGCAAAUGUCACAGUGACUGCCAAUGAUCGGGGUGUUUACGGACUGCAACGAGUGUGAAAUGGCUCGAUUAAAUGUUGCUCGUCUACGGGUGCGUGAGAAGCGUGUAGAUAGAUUCUAGAGAAUCGUCGGGAUUGUGAGCUAAGUUUCGAAAUGGUGAAUGAAUGGCGAGUCGCUCGAAAGGCGUUCGGAAUCUCAAUUCCAGCUUUAAUCAGAGACUGAUCAGCCACGUGCAAUUUUAAUAAUUAGAUAUUAUUUGAGGGGUUUAAAGUCGACGCUUCUACAAGAAACAUUCAACGCUACUUUCAAGGAUUGAUUAAUUGAUUAUCCUUGAAACACUGAACGUGUCGUUUGAACGAAAAAAGAAACAAACAAAAGUUUAAAUAAAGAAGAAAAAACCUUGCUACUGAGUUAGUAGUUUCAAGGAUACCGUAUUUCAAUAGAAACUUUACUGUGUGCUUAACUUGUGUUUUAUUAAAAAUUUUUAUUUGAAAACGAUAAAAUCGAGUGGAAAGCGCAGUGCUUUAUUUACAAUCUAUAAUGCAAGUCUUGAAUUGAAAAUUAUACCUAAUAUUAAUAGCGGUAAAGAAUUGUUACUAUUAAAUUUUUGAAGGUAAGAAUAACUCAAAAUUUGUCAAAAGAGACGAGCGGCGUGACUGAUCAGACAUCUUGUAUAUACGUCCAUUACUGAUUAAUGGUUGGCUUAUUUAUUGAGGAAGGAAUGAUACUUUUAUUUAACUUCAUCAAAUUUUUCUUGGGUUCCUAGUCACGUUAUACGCGGAACCGACUGCGCGUAUUGUAGCCACCCCUUGUAACGGAGUCUCGUACGAUCGAUCGGACAAGCACACGACGUGGAAAAGUACCCGUCUUCUCAACUACCCCAUAUAUUAUGCACUGCUUGAAGAACUCUAAAAGUUUAUUUACAAGCUUCGAGAUUAUCUUCUGAAUUUCUUUAUCUAUUUGAGAUGAUUCUUUGUCUUUAGCCGUACAGCAUGGAAUAGCGAAAACAUUGCAAAACAUUGCUGCAAUAUUUUGCGAUGCUUUUUUUAUGCUGUAUGAGUUGUUGAUGCUGUAUACAUACAGAUUUACAUUAAGCGUGAACAAAGAAUAUCUUUUUUGUAUUUUCUGUAAAAAGCGAUUAAAAAUUUUCAGUAUUGCAUCUUUGUAGUCACUAAUGUUAGUUACGAUCAGCCAUGUGAUUGACAACGUAUAACGUUGUCACGUGAUUUGGAAAUUUUUAAUAAAAAGAAUCUGUAAUGUAUUAAUAAUCUAUUUUUAAAAUUUUACUAGUUCAGGUAUGUAAAUAUUGAAAUUGCAAAGUCAUGAAAUGCAACGCAUCUUAUGGUCCUAGUUGAAAAAUUCUAACUCCGCAAGGUCCACGCUUUUUCUCCUUCUCUUAAUUUAAACAUCAUUUAGUAAUCAAGUAAAUACGCGAUAAGGAAUUUGAAAGUGCUCAUUAAGCAAAAAAAGAAAGAGAGAAAAUAACGUCACUUCGCUUCGUUCUUUAAAGAUUCUGUCGCUUCCGUCUUUUACCACCACCCUCCCUUUCUUACUUAUCCCCUUCGCGCGCAAGCUCCGUCCAUUCGCUGUCAGCUGCAGCUGCGCGAGUUCCUGCACAGGAGUAGGUGCACACCCUUCCGCAACUGCAGUUGGCAGUACGCUGCUCCUCGGACUGCAAAUCCGAUGUUGCUCGCAAAUUUGACAACGACAACGAUACCGAUUCUGCCGAGUUUUCAUUUGACAGUGCAUCCCGACUCAGCUCGUUCGUUACUUCAAAUUUUUUUGAUAAAUAUAUAUGUACAUUUGUAAGAGAGAGAUCGAACUUUCCCCGAUGAUAAUUCUCUGGAGUGAUGCCUAAUUGUUAUGGGAUUGCUUGACUGUGGCGAUUGAUGGAUUAAAAGUGAAAGUAAUACGAAUUAUGAUACACGUGUCAUCGGGAAGCGCGCACAGAUAUGAUCGGGUGAAACGCAAAGGAGCGGCUUUCCUAACGAGUCUGUUUAAAUCAAGAAAACUGGCGGUAGGGAUGAAGAUUAACGAAGACGAAGAGAUGGAACGCGCGCCCAGGGUGGAGACUCCUGCAAUUAUUACCAAUGCUUGCCGCCGGAGCGGCUCGGAGAGUGACAGCGCGAUGUCGCGAAUUCCGUCGACCUUGAGUGUGACAGCGGUGGACGUCGUCGUCUCCUGUCAGCCGUCACCCUCGCAUUCAAUUUUGACCCUGACACCCGGUAGAACGCGUAACAUCGAUCAGGACAUGGAGGCACUCAGACUGAGUCGUCAGGACAACCCUUUUCUACAGGUGUUAGCGAGUCGAGAGAGCCUCGUGGAAUCGAUCGAGGAGUCCGAGUCCGACGAUGCGAUUUUAAUGUCGCAGGAAUACGGUGACGCGGAUCCGCUCACACUCGCGCAGGUACAUGAGCAUCUGGUACGCAGUCCACCCCCAGCUUCGUGGCCCAAUUCCACGGCCUUCCAGUUUCCCAAUCAGGAUGAAAGUAUCACUCCAGGCAAAAAUGAUGCGGCACUCCUAGUCAAGAGUCCGUCAAAGACGCCCUCGCAUCGCGGUAACGACCACGAGCUCUCCAGGAGCGAGACGACGACCGAUAUUAGAGAUCGUCAUUCUCAUCCGUUCUCGUUGCUACACCCGACGCCGAUUCGCUCCUUGUCGGAAGUUCGACGACUUCAUCGAUCGGCCGACGAUAGCGUGCAGCUCAUGUCGAACGAAUAAGUUUCAUCAGAACGUUGGAUUCGUAUUGGAAUUUCUCGCAACUGACGGAUGUCGGUUCAGUUCUGCCGAAUAUUCUUCGACAACAGCGUUUGCUGGCGAGUCGAAGAAGGCUUCGUUCGUGCAAACGAAAUUUAUGAUCGAUUCCAGGCAAGGUUUGUCUCAAUUAAGAAAGCUGAUAUGCAAGAAAUAUGAAGGACCAUCGAGAUUUGCAUGUAUCUGAUACAUGGUCAAAUUGAAGCUAUGACACAUUUGAGGCGACUCUGAUAAGAGAUUACAGAGUGAUUAAUGAUAAUUAAUCACAUUAAUGGUGAUUAAUACAGUGCAAUAAGAGUAAUUUUUAACAUUCUUUUCACUAGGAAAGUAAAAGAAUGCGCAUGUUGAAAAAAAUAACGAUUUCAUCGUUUUGAAUUUCGAUAGUUUAUCGAACCGUUUUUCUUUCUGAUAACUUUCAAAAUCAUUUCUCAAAAUCUUCAUGAAAUAUAUAACUUCGAUCUUCGUCGAUUGAUCUAAAUAAUUUUAAUAAUUUUAAUCGAUGUUAAUAAUUUCUCCUUAAGCCAUUUGUAGUUACGAUCGCGUGUUUUAUCAAUAGGCCUAUUUUUUUACAAAGCUAUUCAAACGAUCGAAGUACAGCAUCGAUGUCUUUCAAUUAUUUUACUUGUAAUUUAGAUAUUAAAUAUCACAUCAAUGUAUCAUGAUUUUUUAAAUUCUAAUUCGCGGACAGUGUAUUAAAGUCAUUCUACGUAAGACGCGGGUCGCAGGUCGUAAACGCGGAUGCGAUUAUCAAACAAAGCAUUAAAAAUAUUAUUAACGCUUCCGAUACUAUGCGCAUUUGCGACCUGCGACCUUCAUUCUGCGUCUUAUGUAAAAUGGCUUUAAUAAUUAACAUUAAUUACUUGUAUAAACCAGAUACUUUCCGGAAUAAGUACAUUCACUUUUUAGCUUAUUGAGAGAAUACGCCAAAUUGAAGAGGCUACAAUACUCAAAGAUAUUACGAAGAAUCUUGUACGUGCUACUUUACAGGAGAUUUUAAGCAAUGCACUAUUACAUAAUUAUUAUCAGAAUAACGAAAAAUAUUAUCUCUGCUAAAUCGUCAGCUGAGAGUAUUAGAUAAAUAUUUAACGUAUUAUGUUUCCAAGCUUUAAAUUUACAUAAUUUUGAUGCGGUUAUUAUAUCUUUAAACUUUGUCUCUCGAUGAGCAAUAUAACCGUUAUGUAACAGUCGUUAAAACACAAGGCUUAAAAUAAUUAUUAAAUUAUUACUCAUGAUGAAUGCGAUAUUAUCGGGAUCUAUUGUUGAUACGAUAGUUAUUGUUGAGGCACACGUCUGUAAUUAUUCGUGCAAUUUAGAUGUCUAUUUUAUGUAGCUGUUUUAGAAAUAUUUCACAUUUACUUAUAAUCUUUUCUGUCAUUUGAAUAUUUAAUUGAUCGAUCUUGAUUGUUGUUAAGCCAAUAUAAAUAUUAUUUUGUCGGCAAAUUAUAUACAUAAAUACUGUAUAAGAAUUUCUGUUUUAACUAAUUGCGAGGAAACUGUAAGCACAAAAUACACAUGGGUUUUCCAUUAAAAUUCAUUUUUAAUGGCAAUUUCAAAAGAAAUCUAAUUUAACCAGUACACACACGUAAGAAAUAAUAACUCCAAAAAUAAUGUUAAUGCUGACGAUGCGCCAAAUGUACAGGCCUCAAUGAUACAAUUCCUCAAAUUAGAUAAAUAGACAAAUAGUCGUAAGAUCUUUUUUAUAGGACAAAACGGACAGAUUUAUCGAUAACGAUUAACUUCCGAGAGUGAAAGUAAUAUUUCUUUUAGAAAACGAUAAAAACUGUUGUCAAUGAAUUCUCAACGAAAUCAGUAACAUCCCUGUUUGUCCUUCUCUUUUUAGAACAAAGAAUUUUUUCGUAGACAACGUUAAGAUCACAGAAUCUGACGUGCUCUUUUCAAAUCAAUAUAAUAAAUGUCAUUAUAAAUUAUACAAAACACUAUUUAGAGUUGUAUACACAAAAAGAAAUCUUAUGUAAAAAUAAAUUAAAGUUCUUAUAUAAAUUGUUGGGUUUAAAAUGUCAAUUAACUUUUUGCGAGUCUUGGACAUUAAAUGUUAAAUUAAAUAUUUUUUAUAUAUUCAUAGUUCUGAAAAUUAAAUAUUAAUUUAAUAUGUAAUAUGUAUAUAUUUACAUAAAAAAUAGAGCAUUGUAUUUCAUUAAAAUUAUUUGUUUCUUACAUGAAUUGUUGCAAAGAAGAGCAAAAUCUAAUUUUUUUAAUUAUUUAAAUUAAAUUGUUCUUCAAGCCAUCAAUUGCAUAUUAAAGUUACAUCUAACUUAUCAUUAAAAUUAAUAUUGAGCACGUCAGUUUCUUUAACAGAUUUUUUACAAGUUUCUUGGAACAUGUUUGAUACGGUUUUCUGAUAAGUUUAAAUAAUAAUAAGGAUGGGUGGCCAACCGAAUGCAGUAGGCUCUUAUAUUUAUCAGACAGAAGUAACGCUUUUAAAAUAUUAACAUUAAAAUUUAUACAUACUCAUAUACUCAUCUCUCAUCCCAUGUAUAAAGAGUCAUAUAAACCAAUCGUUAGAACAACUCCAAGCUCAUUAAUAUAAAGUAACAGUAACACUAAUAAUAGGAAUGGACUUCUUUACAAAAGUAUCUAAUAAAUAUUAUACAUUUCGGUCGCGGCCACCCGGUGGCGUCGGGAAAAGAUCGGCGCAAUUUUAGCAGGGUUUAUAUGAACUUGGGGGGGGGGGGGGUAUUCCAAUAGCGGGGUACGUAGAAAAUUUAUUAUUAUAUCAAAUUAGAGUCCAAUCGACUUGAGAAUUGAAAUUAAUUACAUUGUAAUUGUACUUAGGUCUCCUAAGCGUUAGAAUUUGGAAGCGUUCGCGCUCAGAGCGAAGGCACAAAAACGCGACAACAUGCCGACAAAAAGGAAAAAAAAAAACCAGUAGAGAGACUUAUUUAAUCUAGUCGAGUGUAUAUAUAAUAUACAGAUUCCACGUGGGAUGUCCAUGAACGUAUAACGUGUUCGGAGCAAAAGUAAAUUAUGGACGUUAUUCGUGGUCGUUUCUCGAUGAACAUCUGUGUAUACACAUUCUUUUCAAAAAUCUGGUGUGUUAAGAGAUUUACUAAAUUUUUGUAAUCUAAUAACAUAUAUCUAUUACAUUUCUUUAUUACAUUUUUGUUUAAAUAUACGUGCAUAUAUAUAUAUAUUUUUUUUUUUAACUUUUUAAUUUUAUUAUCUUACUCUUGAUUUUUUAAAUUAAUUACUCCCCAAGCCUAACAUGUGCACAAACACAAGAAAUUCUUGUUCAUCGAGAAACGUCUGUGAAUGCCGAGGUUCAGAACUUGCAAAGAUUAUUUUGAAUACAUGUAACCUUAAAUGGAUUUAUAAUAUAAUUUAUAAUAUAAAUUAAAUAAUACGGUUUUACAUUUCAAGUUUACAUCACAGACUUAAUCAUUUCUUUCUUUUUAAAUAAUUGAUAUGGUAAUCAGAAUUUAUACUGAGCGUCUGUAAUAGCAAGGAUUCAUAAUAUCAAUCCAUCAAGGGAUAAGUGUAUUAUAGAUCUAUAAAUAAUAUAUGCGUUAAUUCGACAGUUCAGAAUAAUUUAAAAAAUCUACAUUUUAAAUGAUAUUUUAAAUGAUAUCAUUGAAAAGCUGGCGCAAGGUAGCCCAAUGAUAUAAAGAAUUCACGGUAUACAGAUUCGAGAUAAGCCUUAAGGACAGAAGUUAAUCGUAACGAAUACUUUUUUAGUCAAUAGCCAAAAUGCCGCAAGAUAGUUUUAUCUUAUUUAACGGCCUAGAACGCGUGUAAUUGAUAGCAAUGAAUAUUAAUGGCAAACAAAACAAACAUUACCGCAACUUUGUUAUGCAAGUAUUUGUCUAACUCCAAAUAAAAAAAAAAGAAAAGAAUAUUCAGGUGGAUGCACAACUUUUAAAACAUUCUGCAUUCCGUAAAACUUUCGUUGCAUAUACAUGUAGAAUAUGUAAUUCUUCAUGUAAAGUCUUGCAAUUUGUAUCGCAAUUAUUUGUCUCAUAACAGUUUAAAACGUAUUCUUUUGUAAAAUUAAUUAAAGGGACUGUUAUCGAUUGCAACAUUGAUAUUAUCAGUUGUUAAGGUUUCAUUUGUUCUUGCAAUUAUUAAUUGCGUGCGUGUUGAUUUGUGCGCAAAAACCAACGGGAAAACGAAAUAGCGAAAAGCAGCAGCCGUAAUUGGCUAAUUAUAAGAUAUCUAGAAAAUAAAAAAUUUAGAAACAAAAAGAAGCUUAAAAUUAUGUUGAAAAAAUAUGUAUUUUAAAAUGAUGAUAAUAAUUAUUAUCAUUAAGUUCUUAUUUAUCGUUUUUAAAUUCUACGCGAAUAUUUUGUAUGUACAUAUUCGCUAUCGUUUUUGCGAACAAAUCAGGGGAGUCAUAGUUAUUGAUACUAUUUACAUAUAACAUACUUGAGCGGGUGUAUUAAUGAGACAUAGAAUGUCCAGCACGCACAAACACAUACAUACAUGGACACUUGCAAAGUAUGCGUUUUGCGAUCACGCGAAAAUCGCGUUGCGAUCUCUAGAGAUGUGUUUGUUGUUUUCGAAUAAAAAUGAAAUAUAUUUGUGUUACUGUAAA